AUGGGGGCGGCGUGCCGGCGCCCGGCAGCCGUGCAGCAGUUCGACGUCGGCGGCGACAUCAAGCAGCCCAUAUCUGCCGUCGAGCAGGAGCCGAUCUCCAUGCUGGACCUGGACCUGGACCAGGACGUGGACCUGGAGGAGGGGGAGGAAGACGACGAGCUGCUGGAGCAGUUGCUGUUGCUGGAGGGGAAGCUCGACCUGGUCGACCAGCAGCAGGAGGAUGCGCGUCUCCAGAUUUGCGACCUGCAUCGCGACCUGCGCCGCGCCGAGGAGAAUCUGAGGCGGUUACGGGUCACCCCUCUCGUCGCCGGCCAGCUUGUCGAGUUCGUCGACGAGCACCGCGCCGUCGUGACCUUGAGCGGCCCCCACUGCGAACAGCGCUGCGUGCGCGUCCUCAGCGCGUUCGACCGCGAGCUCCUCAAGCCCUCCGAGAACGUCACGCUGCACGGGGAGUCGCUCGCGCUCGUCGGCGUGCUUCCGGACGACGCCGACGUCACGGCCGCGUCGUCGUACCUCGUGGCGGACGCCGACAGGCCGGACGUCACCUACGACGACAUCGGCGGGUGCGAGGCGCAGAAGCAGGAGCUCCGCGAGGCCGUCGAGCUGCCGCUGACCCACCCGGAGCUCUUCGACGCCGUCGGCGUCGACCCGCCGCGCGGCGUGCUCCUGCACGGCCCGCCUGGCACCGGGAAGACGAUGCUGGCCAAGGCCGUCGCGCACCACACCUCGGCGGCGUUCUUCCGCGUGAACGGCGCCGAGCUCGCGUGGUACAAUGGCCCGGCGAUGGUGCGCGACCUGUUCCGGCUCGCCCGGCACAGGGCGCCGGCCAUCAUCUUCAUCGAUGAGGUGGACGCGAUCGCGACGGCGCGGAGCGAAGGCGGCGACGCCGCCAACCGACUGGUGCAGCGGGUGCUGAUGGAGCUGCUCAUCCAGAUGGACGGCUUCGACGAUUCCACCAACGUGCGGGUGAUCAUGGCGACGAACCGCGCCGACGACCUGGACCCGGCGCUGCUCCGGCCCGGACGAGUGGACCGCAAGAUCGAGUUCACGGCGCCGAAGAAGAAGCAGGAGAGGCGGCUGGUGCUUCAGGCGUGCGUGGCGGGGAUGAACCUUGACGGCGACGUCGACCUGGACGCCAUGGCUGCCCGGCGCGACGAGCUGAGCCCCGCCGAGAUCGCCGCCGUGUGCCGAGAGGCCGGCAUGCAGGCCGUGCGCGACAGGCGGUGCACGGUGACGUCCGAGGACUUCGACAAGGGGUACCGCACCGUCGUCGACACCAAGCCCGGCGACGUCGCCAGCGAGUUUCACUUCUAUAACUGAUCGCCGGCUUCGCCUAGCAACAUGCCCCAUUUCUUGAUGUAUUAAACUUGGAUUUGUUGCUCCUGCUUGUGCAACGUCUCAA